UGGCCAGGUCCCCGGGGGCGACCCCGGCCCGGCCUCACCGCAGCCAGCCGCCCGCCCGCCGCCCCGAGCGUGCUUGUUUUUCUGCUGCUCUACCCCUCCGGGUCCCCUUCCCAAAUCUCGCCCCUGCGCCCGUUCAGAGCCUGGGGGCCGCGCCCGGCCGGCCUGUGGCGUCCGCUGCCCGGUGCACCCCUUCCCAGACCUCGCCCUGCGCUCGGGGAGCGCCGUUUCUCCGCCUGCCUAGGCGCCCCCUUCAUCUCUAGCUCCCCCCUCCACCACCAAAUCAGGAGAUGUCGGAGAUGUGAAGAAGGGGGGCGAGCGCACAGGAAGAUGAAGGGAGCCAGGCUGCCCGCCGCGGGACAGGCGUCUAGGUGAACAAGAAAAUGACCGAAGAAACACACCCGGACGAUUCGUGCUUGCACGUAGGAGUAGCCUUAGGAGUGAUGACCCGAACCUGUGCUGUUGGGGGUUCUUGGAGAGCUUUGCGCAUGCAUUGCCCGACGGUUCCUUGGCUCCUUCCGCGGAGAGUGCAGGAGCGCAGUGACAGCUAUAUUGUGCGUGUCAAGGCUGUGGUUAUGACCAGAGAUGACUCCAGCGGGGGAUGGUUCCCACAGGAAGGAGGCGGGAUCAGUCGCGUCGGGGUGUGUAAGGUCAUGCACCCUGAAGGCAAUGGACGAAGCGGCUUUCUCAUCCAUGGUGAACGACAGAAAGACAAACUGGUGGUAUUGGAAUGCUUUGUCAGAAAGGACUUGGUCUACACCAAAGCCAAUCCGACGUUUCAUCAUUGGAAAGUUGACAAUAGGAAGUUUGGUCUUACUUUCCAAAGCCCUGCGGAUGCACGAGCCUUUGACAGGGGCGUGAGAAAAGCCAUUGAAGACCUUAUAGAAGGCUCCACCACCUCAUCUUCCACUAUUCACAACGAGGCCGAGCUCGGAGACGAUGAUGUUUUUACAACAGCUACAGACAGUUCUUCUAAUUCCUCACAGAAGAGGGAGCAGCAUACGAGGACAAUCUCCUCCCCCACGUCAUGUGAGCACCGGAGGAUUUAUACCCUUGACCCAUACCCUGUGGACCAUUACCAACCCGACCAGCGGCUGCCGAGGUCCUACCCCCAGGUCACCUUCCCAGAGGACGAUGAGGAGAUUGUGCGCAUCAAUCCUAGAGAGAGGAUUUGGAUGACCAGCGGCUAUGAGGAUUACCGGCACGCGCCGGUGCGCAACAAAUACCUGGAUACCGCAGAGGACGCGGACUCCUACGUGCGCUUUGCCAAGGGCGAGGUGUCCAAACACGACUACAAUUACCCCUAUGUGGACUCCACAGACUUUGGCUUUGGCGAGGAUCCUAAAGGCCGUGGUAGCAGCAGCGUGAUCAAGACGCAGCCAGCCAGGGGCAAGUCCCGGCGGCGCAAGGAGGAUGGCGAGCGCUCCAGGUGUGUGUAUUGCAGGGACAUGUUCAACCACGAGGAGAACCGGAGGGGCCACUGCCAGGAUGCGCCCGAUGCCGUGAGAACUUGUAUCCGCCGCGUGAGCUGUAUGUGGUGCGCGGACAGCAUGCUCUACCACUGUAUGUCGGACCCCGAGGGAGACUACACGGACCCUUGCUCGUGCGACACUAGCGACGAGAACUUUUGCCUCCGGUGGUUGGCAUUAAUCGCCUUGUCCUUCCUGGCCCCCUGUAUGUGCUGUUACCUUCCCCUACGGGCCUGUUAUCACUGUGGAGUGAUGUGCAGGUGCUGCGGCGGGAAGCACAAAGCCGCUGUGUGACUCGGUUUCCCGCUCUCCCCCUCUUCCCUCCACAGCCACAGGGAACUUGUGUCUUGCAUACCCCAUCCCCAUCCCACAUCUUCUCCCCAGGCCUUCCUGGUCCCUUACAACAUCAUUCCAAACCUGGGGAAUCUACCACUCCUGUGUCAGCCACAUAACCCAUUCGCUCGCAAUGUUCUGAGGAGAGGAGCCUUCUGCAUAGACUCGUAUGUAAUCAGCCUGUGAUCGCGCCGGCCGUCUUAUCCAAUGUCUUAUCGCGCGUUGGUUUCCUGUCCCGCCUCCCCACCUCUUCCAGUUCUAAGGGACCUGCAGUAGAAAUUUGGAUUCGAAGGGGUUUAGAGUUGAUUUUUCCUCCGCGGUCGGGUUUGCCUGUCGCUAGCAAGCACGGGUUCGUCGGAGAUGUGACCUAAUGGUGAGACCCUGUCAUAAGUAUUGUAACCUGCAGGAUGUUGUUACUUCGGGAGGUCAGCGAAACAACUAAACAAUAGGGCUUUAACUCCGAAAGUCAAAUCGCCCGCAGUAGCUGCGGUUUCUGUCUUUCGCCCAUCGGUUUCUGUCUUUCAACCAUCCUCAUCUUCUGCCCCUCCCCCACCUGUUGAAUUCAUGCACUCCUGCAAAGCAGUUACCUUUAAAAUGACUUGAGAAUUGAGCCUUAACUUCAGAUUAACCUGUGAGAAUCAGGAAAAAUUCCUCAAAUUGCAUUGCAUCCUCUUAGACCAGGGUUAGAAAGGGGAUUUUGGGUUUUUAUGAGCCUGCCCAGUUUACCCCUAAAAUAGAACUUUUUUUAGAAUUGUGUUGCGACUUCUAAAAACCUUAGCAAUAUUAGAAUAACACAUCAGUGAAAUAAAUUUUCCUCAUUGUUUCGCAAACCAAAUACAUUUAUUCAAACACAAACCAGUGUUCUGCGAUCAAGUUCCGGUUGAAAAACACUAGAAGUUGUGGUAGAUAAAAUUAUAGCCACUCCCCGCCUCCUGCAACUGUUUUAUAUUAUUCAGGGGGAACUUUAAGUACCAUAAAUUAGUGGUGCCUUGCAUUUUGUUUUAGGCUUAACGUUUUUGUUUUAAUUUGGGGCUCGACUCAUUUAUACUUAGGAAAAAACAAGGCCAUAUAUAAAAACCCUUCCAAUGCCUAAGUGUCUUCUUUUCUCCUGCAGCUCCUCACCCACACUUGCCGCUUGGGGUGCACAGAUAAGGGUAGAUCACCAACUGGUUCUACCUGUCGCUGAGCCACAUAAAAGGCUUCUAAUUUGCUAGAGGAGGAAAAGGAACUUUUUUUUUAAUGUAUGUUCCCAGGAAUAGCCAAAUCUUGAAGAAGAAAAAAAAAAGUGAAAGUGGUUACCUAUACCUAGCAUAGUACAAUCAGAAUUUCGUGGGGACCAUAAGGGACAUGCUUGUUGCCGCUGACUGUUCUUCCCACCAAGAUCUUUCCGUGGUAAUCACCAGCGGAAGGCAGGCUCAGUCCCUUCUACUUCUUCCCUCUCCCUUUAUUGCACACAGGAUAUCAGUCUUCAAGGAAAAGGACUUUUCUCCAGUGUGGUGUUCAUACUGGGAAAAUGCUAGCCAUGCUUACCGUUGUGGCGAUGGCUUCUUCCGCUGGCCUUGACAGCCUGUCUUGUUUCUGUAGACGGAUUGUCAGCUCCUCGGCAUGCUUCUGAGUUAGUUGGUAGAUGUUUUCCUUUGCUGGGAUGACUGGUUGGGACUAUCUGUUGUAGAAAAGGUGCAGAGAUCUAGCAUCAUUGUCGACGGGUCUCCAGGCCCCGAGGCCUUCUAGACCGCCUCCAACCAGCCUCCAGUGCCGUGGAGAAGCUGUCUGUCCUGGGGCCCUUUCUCCACUGCACCUGUCUGCAAAGCACAACACUAAUCUCUUUCCUCAGCCCUCAGUUCAAGUGCCCCUAUUUAUUUUACGAAGAACCCAGAUCCCAGUUGCUUCGCGUUGGUUGCCUUUGUCCUUCUUCCUUCUCCCCCCCCCCCCCUUGCUCAUUUCCACCCUUCUUAAGGGUUACGCUAGCAGAUCUCCGUCCAUGCACCGUUUCUGGUUUGUGAAGGCAGCGGUUAAGGGCACAGAGGCAGCCGUGGGGACGUCGAUGUAAAUAUGUUCGGUUGCCACACUGCAGCGGAGUGGUGUGGAGUAUUUUCCCAGUCAGCUUUGCCGUGCUGAUGUCAAUCAUUUGAGAGAAAUUAUUCAGAUUUUAUUUUUAUAACUGUGGUAACAAAACUUAGCCAAAAGGUUUCCCGUUCAGAAGUUUCCCUGACUCUUCCUUCCCUCCCCCGCCCAAGCUAUCUGCUCACAUUAACAAAUUAAAGUGCCUGAAGCAUAAUUCAUUCACCUGUAUACUAAAACCCCUGUUGUAUUGAUUUUUUAUAAGCCUUUUUACCUCUGUAAAAAUAUACAUAUAUAUAUAUAUAUACAAGUGUAUGAUGUACAUUUUAGUUCUUAACUUUUUUAUGGUUUCUAAUAUGUAUGACCAAUGUAGCCAUUGCUUUCAAAUGUACCAUGUAAAUAUAAACACAUCCUCUGAGACCGUU